AUGUACAACGACUCUCGGACUUAUCGUAAAGGAAUCGUGUUCGACAACUCCCUAACUUAUACAAAAAAUGCUUAUACGGACGACGAGGACGAUGAAAACGAUUCCACAAUUUAUAGAGGAAUAAUUUAUCCGGACGAUGUGGAUUACAAGCACGACGAUAACAACCACUUCCCGACUUAUAAAAAACACGCUUAUACGGACGACGAGGACGAUGAAAACGAUUCCACAAUUUAUAGAGGAAUAAUUUAUCCGGACGAUGUGGAUUACAAGCACGACGAUAACAACCACUUCCAGACUUAUAAAAAACACGCUUAUACGGACGAUGAAAACGAUUCCACAAUUUAUAGAGGAAUAAUUUAUCCAGACGAUGAGGAUGAUGAGGACGAUGAGGAUUACAAGCACGACGAUGACGACUAA